AUGGUAACACAGGUACCACAGCGUUUCUUCGGCGCCUUCACUUGCGUGGGGCUGCUCAUAGGCGGUUACGUGAUGCGCCGCUUCAGAAUCCUACCCAAAGGAGGACUGGUACUUAUCCUCAGCUGCAUCAUCUCCUACGCCAUCCUCAUCUUCUUCAUGAUGGUGAUCGGAUGUCCAGACAUAACGUAUGCCGGAGAUAUUCAAUCCAACGGUGGCAACCUGACGAUGGAGUGCAAUAGCAACUGCUACUGCGGCAUGUACACGUACAGUCCGGUGUGCGGAAACAACGAAACCUACUUCAGCGGAUGCUUCGCCGGCUGCAAAGGUUACCAUGACGAUGGACCGACCAAGGUAUACUACGACUGCUCGUGCAUACCCGGUGGCACGGUGAUUCAAGGGGCGUGUCCUGUAUCGUGUACCAUAGAAACGAUCAUCUACGUCAUUCUCAUUACAUUUGGCUCCAUGAUAUCGACACCGGCAGAAGUCGCAGCCGUCGUAAUUCAAUUUAGGCAGGAGUAG